GUGCAGCAGGAAGGUGCUGGCUCUGAGCAUGUUGACCACUACACACAGGGUCAGGGGCUCAGUGGGCAAGGUCUCUGUGCCCGGGCCCUGUAUGACUACCAGGCAGCUGACGACACAGAGAUCUCCUUUGACCCUGAGAACCUCAUCACGGGCAUCGAGGUGAUCGAUGAAGGCUGGUGGCGUGGUUACGGGCCAGAUGGCCACUUUGGCAUGUUCCCUGCCAACUACGUGGAGCUCAUCGAGUGAGGCUGAGGGCCGUCUUUCCCUCCCCACCCAGAUGUGGCUUCCUUGUUGCUGGAAGAGGAGGCCUGAGAGUUGAUGUUUGGCACUCUUCCAGGAAUGGGACCCAUGAUGAAGAUGAGGCCUCAGGGCUCCCUCUGGCCUGGGUGGCUCAGUCUCUGUCACCCCACAUGCAGCAAUAACCUGGCGAUUCCCAAACAUGCUUCCUGCAGCCCCCCAGAUCCUCCCAGCCAGCCUGGCCCUUGUCCCCAGAAGGAUAUUAGCCAGGCCCCGCCUGCGGCCAGCCCCUUGGUGACUUCCACCAAGGAGAGCAGCCACUGGCAGGCUGGGGGAUCUUAGCAGGGCAUCUGGAGGCACAUCCAUGCUCCAGGCUGCCUCCUGCAUUUGCCUUUUUUCUUUUUCUCUUGCUUCUAAGGGGUGGUGGCUACAGCUGUUUAGAAUGGACCCUUGGGAACAAUGAACUUAGAGAAUUGCUCUUAGCAGAGUUUAUGACCAAAGUUAGAGUCAGAGUGGAUCUGUCAGUCUUGACAGCAGGUAGGUCGUCUGGGAGCCUGCUCUGUGCUCCCCGCUCCAUUUCCCUAUCCCUCUGCCUGGCUGUGGGAAGUGGGGACCAGAUGACCCAGCUCCUGUCUCUGGGUUUGUGAAAACAACAGCAGACACAGCAUGUCCUUCGGUGUGGCUCACUGUCUGCCGGCCCCCGUGUGCCUCAUGCUGAUUCUGGCUUCAGCAGGGGUCUUUGUCUGCUGCCCUCUCCCAACCCCCUUCCAUCCCCCAAAUUUUCUGUCCUAGCCCAUCUGAAGAAGAAACCUGCUUUUGGUCUAAGAAUUGCAGUUUGGUCCCCACAGGCUCCCAGCUCUGACCUGCCCUGCUGUAGCCUGAAUGCUCCCAUGUGGAAGCCAGCUCUGUGCCUGGGGUGUGCACGUGUGUGUGCACGUGGGUGUGAGCACACAAACCCUCAGACCACCGCAGCCGCUGAUCUGCCACCUGGAGGGGCAUAAACUUUAGGAUGUGACUGAA